AGGAUGAGUUACAGGACUGUAGUGAUGUACAUGGAGAUCGGCUGCUUUGUGGUUUGUGUGUCCGGAUGGAUCCUGGUCUGUUCCACCAUGCCUACAGAAAUCUGGACUUGGUCAGAGGUUGACAGUAUAGUUCUGACCACAUCAAACUACUUCUCCAACCUUUGGAAGGAUUGUAUAUCUGAUUCAACUGGAGUCUCUGACUGCAAGGGAAUUCCAUCGAUGCUUGCACUUAAUUGGGACAUUCACAUGUGCCGUGCUCUCAUCAUCAUCUGUAUUAUCCUUUCUUUCUUUGGAUCUAUUCUGGUGUUAGUGGGAAUGAAGUGCACUAAGAUUGGAGGAUCGGAGCUUGCUAAUGCAAGAGUAACCUUUGCUGGGGGAAUGAACUACCUUAUCGGAGGGAUGUGUGCUAUGGUUGCUUUCUCCUAUUAUGGAAACAAAAUUAGAGCAGAAUUUCAAGACCCGAGCUUCAAAGCUCAGAAAUUUGAAAUAGGUGUUGGAGUGUUUAUCGGUUGGGGAGGCUCCACCUUACUUGUUGCUGGAGGUCUUAUUUACAGUAUCUUUGCCGGACAUGAAGGGUGCAAGUCAAGUUCAGAAAAAAAGAAAUACCUCACCUACCGGGUACCUGAUGCCUACACAGCUGCCCCAACGAAAAAGAGCCCUGUGCCUUCGGCUCGUACAGAGAUUAGUGAGAGCAGAAAAUCAAGGACCAUUAGCAGCAGCAGCAGCAGCAGCAGAAGCAGCAGC